CCACUCCUUUACUCAUGUCAAGAUAGCCGAUAGGAUGUUGAACCCUUCAAUUUUCACUAGACUACCCUUUUCGAGCGGGAAAACAAUCUUCGUCUUCAAAAAUAACUCCUUUACUUUCUCUGUCCUCUCUUCUUCUCAUUCCUCCAUUAACCCUUUCCAUGUCCAAACCCACCACCACCAGAAGAGCUAAAAAGGGCACAGAUAUCUCAUCAAAACCCUCUUUAAUCACCACCCCCAUCAAGAGAAAACGACCCACAAAGCAUCUGAACUGUGCAAAAAAUGAAGAUGAUAGUGGGGUUACAGACAUAGAAGAUUUAUUGAAGUUUAGUAAUAAAGAAAUUGAAGAAAUAAGGGUGUCUUUAUUAGAAUGGUAUGACGAGUAUAAGAGAGAUUUACCUUGGAGAAGAUUGAAGGAUGAUGAUAAUGGAGGAGAGAAAAAGGCUUAUGGGGUUUGGGUUUCUGAAAUUAUGCUGCAACAAACAAGGGUUGUUACUGUUAUUGAUUAUUAUAAUCGUUGGAUGAAGAAAUGGCCUUCAAUUCAUCAUCUUUCUAUGGCUUCUCUUGAGGAAGUGAAUGAAAUGUGGGCUGGCUUGGGAUAUUACAGACGAGCAAGGUUUUUGUUAGAGGGAGCGAAACAGAUCAAUGAAGGGGGCAGUUUCCCUCGAACAGUGUCUUCUCUGAGGAAGAUCCGUGGCAUUGGAGAUUAUACCGCUGGUGCUAUAGCCUCUAUUGCAUUCAAUGAGGUUGUCCCUGUUGUAGAUGGCAAUGUGGUUAGGGUGCUUGCUAGACUGAAGGCUAUAUCUGCAAAUCCAAAGGACUCAGCAACCGUAAAGAGAUUUUGGAGCUUAGCUGGUCAACUAGUGGAUCCUUCUAGGCCUGGAGAAUUCAAUCAGGCGUUAAUGGAGCUUGGUGCAGUUAUAUGCACACCGACAAGCCCUAGCUGUUCUGAAUGUCCAGUGGCUGUUCAAUGUCACGCGUUAUCAUUGUCUCGCCAAGGCGGCUCUGUUACUGAUUAUCCACUAAAAGUUGUAAAGGCUAAGCAGAGGAAGGAAUUUUCCGCGGUUUGUGUUGUGGAGUUAUCAGAAACCCAGGAUUUGGUUGAAGGCAGCGAGGGAACUAGUCAUUACCUUCUUGUGAAGAGGCCCGAUGAAGGCCUACUAGCUGGGCUUUGGGAAUUCCCAUCUGUGCUAUUAGGACAGGAGUUUGAAACAGAAAUUAGAAGGAAAGCAAUCGAUGAAUACUUAAAAACAUCUUUUAAUCUUGAUGUAGGGAAAACGUGCAAAGUGAUCGUGAGAGAGGACGUUGGAGAGUAUGUCCAUAUCUUCAGUCACAUACGGCUGAAGAUGUAUAUUGAAUACUUGAGAAUACACGUAAAAGGUGGGAUGAAUUUCUUGCGAAGUGUGUCAGAUGAUGGAAAUAUCGUCUGGAAAUGUGUAAAUUUCGAGGAAAUUUCAAGCAUGGGUCUAACGUCUGGUGUCCGGAAGGUUUACACUAUGGUUCAGGAGUUGAAGGAAAAAGGCUCGAGUGCUGCAACUCGAGACACUAAGCCAACAAGAUCGAGAAAGAGAAGCUGAAUAAAAUGUACUCCCUACUUUGCUGCAUUAGAACUUGUAGCACAUUUUGUAUAAUCUCCUCAUUGGGACAGAGAUUCUAAAGCAAUUUACGCUCUGUUGAGCUUUGCUCGUGGGUCGUAACUUCCCAGAGAACAAGCUUUGUCAGGAGUCGAGGGCAUUAGAUGGGAUGGUUCAUGGUUUUUACUAGUGAACUAGAAGCUUUGAUGUAAAGUUUUUGCAUACUUAGUAAGAAUUAUACUUCUUUUUUCAGAGUGUACUAUAAGCGGUUGGCCCUCUCCAUCACGACCCUUUUUUAGUUUGGCUCGAUUUUAUUGGAAAGUUGGUGUUUUAACGGUUAAAGAAGCCUUAAAAUUGCACAGAGUCACUAGUUCAAGUCUUAUGGUUGGGCAAUUUGUUUUUAUACAUUUUUAAUAAAUGCGCUAUUCAUCAAGUCACCUUCAGCCGGAAGAAGCCAUUUGCUGAAAGCAAAAUACAGCAAAAGAACAGAUGUGGCCUAUGUGGGGGAACCAUUUGAAAUAGACCUAGGGAACGGGUUUUGCUAUAUUUUCUUUUUUAGUAGUUUUACGAGUUAUGAUAAUUUUUUUUAUUUU